AUCUGCUUUGAAAUCAAAAUCUCCAAUGGCACCGAAAGCCGAGAAGAAACCAGCCGAGAAAAAGCCAGCCGAGAAGGCCCCAGCUGAGAAGAAGCCAAAAGCCGAGAAGAAGCUGCCCAAAGAAUCCGGCGACAAGAAGAAGAAGAAAGCCAAGAAGAGCGUCGAAACCUACAAGAUCUACAUCUUCAAGGUCCUAAAGCAGGUCCACCCCGAUAUCGGUAUUUCCAGUAAGGCAAUGGGUAUCAUGAACAGCUUCAUCAACGACAUUUUUGAGAAGCUCGCUCAAGAAUCUUCGAGGCUCGCUCGUUACAACAAGAAGCCCACCAUCACUUCCCGUGAGAUUCAGACAGCCGUCAGGUUGGUUUUGCCCGGGGAGUUGGCCAAGCACGCUGUGUCCGAAGGCACCAAGGCUGUCACCAAGUUCACCACCGAGAAGAAGCCUGCCGGGAAAAAGCCAGCCGAGAAGGCCCCAGCUGAGAAGAAGCCAAAAGCCGAGAAGAAGCUGCCCAAAGAAUCCGGCGAUAAGAAGAAGAAGAAAGCCAAAAAGAGCGUCGAAACGUACAAGAUCUACAUCUUCAAGGUCCUAAAGCAGGUCCACCCCGAUAUCGGUAUUUCCAGUAAGGCGAUGGGUAUUAUGAACAGCUUCAUCAAUGACAUUUUCGAAAAGCUGGCUCAGGAAUCUUCGAGGCUCGCUCGUUAUAACAAGAAGCCCACCAUUACUUCGCGUGAGAUUCAGACCGCCGUCAGAUUGGUUCUGCCCGGGGAGUUGGCCAAACACGCUGUGUCCGAAGGGACUAAGGCUGUUACUAAGUUCACAAGUUCUUAGUUUCCAAUUAUCUCAAAUGAAAACAUGGGUGUUUGUUGUAAGAAUCAGUAGAUUUUAAGGAUAUUUUCUUAUGGGUCUUUUUGUAGUUCGCUGAACUUAAAUGGAAAAUUAAUUAUCUUGUGAAUUGGUUA